GUCAUUUUCUAACGGAAGAUGAUGUGCAACGGACGAAAAGGGCAACUCGUGUAUCCUGACGGAAGACAAUACGUAACGGACAAGAAAUGGGAACCCGUGUAGCACAUCAGGUUCUUCGGUGGACUGUAAAAAAUGUCUAUUACUCUGGGUUCAGUCCUCUCUCUAAGAGAUACCGCCUCCCGUUGUCAUGCAUCCAGUGCAGGUAUUUGUGUUCCCCUCCGCACAAGACGGCUGCGUCACCACAACACAACUGUUCUCCUGAAUCCGAUAAACCAAUAACCGAGCUCUCCCUCAGCUCUUUGCUUGAAAUGGGAUUCACAGAUUCCCAGGCGAGGCACAUAUGUGACUCUGUGUUUGAAAUUAAAAAAGAAAGUUCUGUCAAAAGAGUUUUAUCGACACUCACAGUUCUCUUCGUCCUGGGCCUCAACCCCACAAGUGUGCAGAAAAUGCUGGACAUAUGUCCAGACCUUUACAUCGUUAAAGAAACGCUGCUGCAGCAGCGCAUAGAUCACCUGAGGAAGCUGGGUUUGGUCGAAGGAAGUCUUCAGAGGAUGGUGGUCCAUUACCCCAAAAUCCUGACUGUACCUGUGAAGUCAGUAAAAAACGUUGUGCAGUUUCUCCGAGAGAAGUGCCUGUUUACCACCCAGCAGGUGACGGAUAUCCUCAGGGACACACCAGCAGUAGUCCUGGAGGACCUGCUUCAGCUGGAGUACAAGUUUCAGUAUGUCUACUUCCGAAUGGGCGUCAAACAGGCAGAGAUGGUGAAGUUCAGGUUGUUCCGUUUCACUUUGGAUGACGUCCGCUGCCGACACACGUUCCUGGAGCGACGGGGCCUUUACCAGACUCCAGAUAAAAAAGGACAGACAACGAUUAUCAACCCCAAACUGGGUGACAUCCUUAACGUCGACCAGGACACGUUUGUCUCAAGUGUUGCUCGGGCCUCGGCAGAGGAGUAUGAUAUUUUUCAAAAACUUUUGGCAAGGGAAUGCAAGGAAGAAGAGUUACUGCAGGGUAGGGUUGAAGCUUAUAGUGAUGAAGAUGAUGAUGGGGAUGAUGAGGAGGAGGAAGAGGAAGAGGCCAAAGGAAGAAGUGGAUAUGAGAAAAGAAGAAAGAAAAAAUAGCUGAAAGAACAGAACAUGAAAAAAAUCAAGAAACUAAUCACAUUUAUUAGAAAAUGCUGUUAAAGCUGAUUUAUCAAAGAAUGCUAAAAUAAAUCAAACAUGGAAUCA